AUGUCAGUUUCUCGCACUUGCUGCCAUGGCACGUACAGGAUAUCAGUGGCGGUGACGCGAGCACAGGGGUUCACCAUCCAGCCUCACUACGACAUCUACUACACGCUCGACGACAACCCGCGCUACUGGUCGCUGCCCAACCCACCCGUGGGCUAUCAGGCCGCCAUGUCAGCAGUGGACACGCUUGGCUUCGUCACCAACCUCUGCGCCGUCUACUUUGCCCUUCAGGGCAUCAAGUCACCCGCAUCACAGCACGAGCACAAAAGGCUUCUCCCCCGCCACAUGUUUCAUAUCGGUCGUCGUGCUUGCCUUGCCCCAUGGUGCGUGCCACCAUCUGACCCCGCCAGUGUGUUCAUCAUGGUGCUGCGCCUCUUGAAGCUGAUGGACUUUCAGCCCAACAUGGGCAUCAUGACUCGCUCCCUCCGAGUCGCCAUGCCGUCUCUCCUCCACUUCUUCAUUCUCUUCUUCGUUGUCUUCGUGGCAUACGCCACCUACGGCUACCUGGUGUUCGGGAUGACCUUAGUACAGUUCAGCACGCUGUGGCUGUCCCUGCAGACCUGCUUCUACAUGAUCGUAGGGCAGUUCGGAGUGUUCUGGUUCCAGCAGAUGGUGGGGUGGCAGUACGCGGCGGCCAUGGUGUUCUGGUUCUCCUUCGUCAUCAUCUUCUGCUUCAUCCUCUUCAACUUCCUCAUCGCCAUCAUCGUGGAUGCCUUCAUGGCCGUCAAGGAGUCGACGGAGAAAGCACCGGCAAUCUACCAGGAUAUGUACUUGAUUGUGGUGCGCUUCGUCCGCCGCGUGGCAUCGCCGUACACAAGGUACAGCCGCCUGCUGCGCCACCUCAUUCGCCUCGGAGCAGAGAACACCGCCAAUGCGGUCAUGGAGAAGAGCCUUCAACAGUCCGGCCAGCAGUGCUUUGCGUCGAGCCUUCAGUGCGGCAAGGAGAUGAGAGGCAGCAAGCGUGAUACUGAUGGGGGCAGGCUGGAGGAUGCUGUUCGUGAUGGCAAUCCGGGGAUAAAUGGGGUGGAGGUGGUGGGAAGAGAGGGAAAAAUGGAUCCUUUUGAGGCGCAGCAACAAGUGUCAGCGAUGGUGGGAGCAGAUGAGACUAACUUAAGCCGGGCUGAGAGCAAGAAGGGGGUAUUGCCGAAUGGUGGGGUCGCCAAGUCCCAGGCAGCCGGCAGCACCAACACUCAGGUGGACGCCCAUGCUUCCACCACCCCUGCUGCUAAUCCUGGCAGCACCGCUGCAGGUGAUGCUGGCAGCACGGGUGGCAGCAUGGUGGAGCCGGCAGUGCAGAGGCGGCGGAGCUUCUGGCGGCUGAAAACGCUGGAUGAUUGGGAGACUGUGGUGGUGGUGGGGGAGAGGCAGCUCAACGCCCACUCGCUCUCUUCCAUCCUGCGCCGCGCACACGCCCGCAUGCGGCGCUCUCUCUCCGACGAGCAGGAGGGGGACCCCAUGGACGUGGCAGCGCUGGGGGCGGUGCUGCUGUCGGAGCUGGGGGAGAGCGCGCCGCCUGCCGACGCCACGGCUGCAAAUGGAGGCGAGGCGGCAAAGGAGGGCGACCUGCUGGCCAUGCAGCAGCACGUGGAGGCGCUGCGGGCCGACGUGGCCCGUGGCUUCGACCAAGUGAGGCAGCAGCUCACCACCCAAGUCCAGAGCUCCCAUUGCAACCAGUUGCCACAGGAAGCCAGUCCGAGCCUGCUCCCGAACCCGCUAGGCAAUGGUUCGGAGGAGGCUGGGCGAGAGGUGUGGCAGCAGGUUUUGAUGCAGGUGGAGAAGAUUCGGAAGGAGGCUCAGAAGGAGCGAGAAGAGGCUGAGGAGUUGUAA